GCGGCACCAGGGGAGGACAACGCCCCGCGGUCAGACGCUCGGUCCCCGGGUCCCUCAGCUCCUCCUCGGCUCCUCCUCGGCUCCUCCUCCUCCUCCUCACUCACGCACAGCGACAGCAAGAGCUUUCCGAGGCAGAUCCGCUGUGACCGUGUACAACCAGGAUAUUACUCCCGCUACACCCCUGCUCCUCUGCUCCUCUUCUCCUGCCUUUCCCUCCCCCCGGAGAAGCGGACUCAACCGCCGCGGUGGAAGAAGACAAACCAACCGUCCAUCUUCCGCGAGCCUUUUAGCUCCACUUACCCGCUGAGUGUGUCUGUCCUGCUCCUCUGUGUCCGGUGGAAGCUUCACCUUUUUAAACACACAUAUAUAUAUAUAGAAUAGAAUCAGUUAUCUGACGCAGAAUGGCCGACCCAGGCGACUCCAGCACCGGUGCCAACUGCCUGGAGAAGUUGAAAAGUUACGUGAGGACCCAGAAAGGUGUGAUCCUCGCGGCAGAAAUAUCCAUCAGUUUAAUCAUCCUCAUCUGCUAUGCUGCGUCUUUGUAUGGAGGCUACUCCGCUGUGGCCAUCUGCGAGAUGAUCUUCGCCAUGGUCUUCUUCGGCAUCUUCAUGAUGGAGCUGGACAAGCAGAUCCAAGUGGUCAACUGGGUCUGGAGUGAUCUUUUCCGUGCUGGUAUCGGAGCCGUCCUUUACUUAAUCACUUCUCUGAUCUGUGUCAUUGGAGGAGCUGGGGACGGCGCUCGUAUCGCAGGCGGAGUGUUUGGUUUGAUCGCUGGUCUGUUGUUCGCUUACGAUACCUACACCAUCUUCAUGCAAAUCAAGAGCACACGGCAGCACACGGCAGCUUCCACCGACGACAGAGUUUAAACACUCCAAGACGCAUGUGCCUGUGUUAGGAGCGCAGCAGCAACAGCAGAAGAAGAAGAAGAAGGAGAAGAAGAGGACAUUUGUGCAGACGUUAACAAAAGGGUGGAGCAGAGAAGACGAUGGACAGUAAAAUGAACCGGUCACAGUUUAAUCAAUGCCACUGAACGGUGUGAUAGGACGACAGAUUUGUUUUAGGGGCCUGCGCCUGAGAGGAGGAUGACACAGCCUGAGUGAGUGGUACCAAACAUCUGUGACUGCAUGUCAGACAAAAUAAAGAGGAAAUCCUCUCAGAAACCUUAAGUCCAAAAUCGAUGUGCCACUGAUUUAACAAAAAAAAAGAAGGGAAAACUGUAAACAACACACGGUGUAAAAGUUUGGUUGAUGCCUUCACGCAGCUUGUCUGAUACAUGUCUACUGUUAAUGCACUGCUGUAUUAAGUAGUAACUGCCUUUGUGGACGUCAGAAGUAAUUUACACAUGAAUGGAUGCUUUCUGAGCUGUUUAACAUCACGACUUUAAUCUUCUUGGUUUUAUAUUUCUGUAUUUUCCUGGAGGUUUCUCAGCGGUUUAAACAUUUUCUUCCUGUGUGUUACGGUGCCUUAACCAGAUACUUCUUCAUGUUCAUCAUUCACUCCUGAAUCCUAAACAUCUGAUGGGCUCUCUGUCAAUUACCAUGAAUCUCUUGGGUGUUUCGAACUAAUCCGAGUUUUGUUUGUUAGACAUCCACUAACUUUCAAUCACAUCAUUUGUUAUUGAACUUGUGUCGUCCUCAAGUUGUACCUGUAUACUUUGAUUCUUGCUCAGGUUGUGUUAUGUUUUUUGUUCUUACAUUUUAACACGUUUCUAAGGUGCAGUGUCUUAUUUUUUUGUCAGUUGACACUUUUUACAGUCCAGUUGUUCAGUACAGUUUUUUUUGUACAUGUGGUAGAUCAAGAAAAAAGUUAAAUUUCCUAAGAAAAAACACGUAUUUGAUACAAUAGAAUUUUAAUAUGUUGAGUAACUGUUUCCUCUGGCCUUUUUCAUUAUUUGUCCAACUAAAGUGCCUCGUUGUUAUUUUGUAUUUUUUUUCCUAACAGACUUUACAGGAGUCUGCCGUUUGUAACUUAAAAAAAAUCUAAGCAGUCAAGCUUUGGGAAAUAAAAGCCAUUUUCACUGGAAAAAAAA